AUGAUAGCAUGCUCUGAUAAUAUCCGUCAAGUGGCUGCUUUCACCGGAAUCGAAGGAGAUCACCUCGAAAACAGCGCCAACAAGAAGGUUCCAGUAAGGCCAAACGGCAGCUGGUCAAGAGGAAUCUGCUGUCGUCUUCUGGUGGGAUCUACCCUCAACACAGAAUGGGGGUCCUUUCAUGUGGUGGCUUUCGAGGGCCUUCCGCGUGUGCAUCUCUGGUUCUCAUCUUCCCUCGCCUGUUUGAGGCUUGAAUGUCUGACCUGCCUGUCCGAAUGGAAAGAACUGUUGGCUAUUUUAGCCUGUUAUGCUACCGUCAGUGCACAUGAAAUGCCGCUCCCAAAUGCGGGUCGUGCAGCAAAGAAGCGGAAAGCGGUACUGUUUUUUGCCUCGACUAGUUACAAACACGGGGUCCCUGUUGGUUGCCGUGACGAAGAGACGAAAAAAAUAGACGGUGUUUAG